UGAAGAUUUCCUGACAUUUGCGCUUGGACUCGAUCGUUCAUGAAUGCAAUAUUCCUGCUCUCAUACUAUCUUUGAAAGUCUUUGAACAUAUACUCAUUGCUUACCGAUCUCAUAUUCCUUUUUCAUCAGCGCUCUUGACAAGAAACAGAGCAUGUCCGAGGGGAUCAACUCUAGGCCCAAGCGGCCAUCCAAGGCAAAGCCUGCAACAGGCGAGCCACCAAAGAAGAAGCGUCGCCCAUCAGUCGAGGAAGAAAGUGACGCCAUCGAUAGAUCUGAGGACCCCAACGCCAAGAUCCUGCUCAUGGAGCAAGGCAUUCUUGAAUCAAAGAAGAACUACAACGAUAUUGUAGUUCUCUUGGGCAUCAUGGGCGACUAUGAGAGUGGCAACCCAGAGAGUAUGCUGGCUACUGUGGCUCUUUCGCGGGUGUUUAUGCGCCUUUUGGGACAGGGGGCGCUGGUGCCGAAACGGACGGUGUCUGACAAGCAGCUCGCCGUGGUCAAUUGGCUACGAGAGCAGUUCAAGUCAUUCAAGACGUUGUUGCUGUCACUGCUCAAUGAUGAGGAACUUGGCGUGACGGCCCUUACACUGUGCAUGAGAGUGCUGCAAGCGGAAGGGCAGGUCGAGAAGGAUGAAUACAGCUUCCCAACUGAGUUCCUUCGACAAAUUGUGCACACCGUGCUCCAGAGCGAGGAUGAGGACGUCGCCAAGGCUUACACAGAGGAGUACCUUGAGCAGUUUGACGACAUUCGAUACCACACCUUCAGCUCCAUUACUGCCAUUCUUCAGGAGGUGCCAGAGGAAGACAAGGCCGACAUGUUCGAUGCAGUCCUCCCGAUUCUCUCAGCGCUGGAUGGCGUUCCAGAGUCGGCUGAAGAACUGGAAGACUGGUACAUCGCACGUCCAAAGAAGAAGGCGCAUAACAUACGUUCAGUCCAGCAGCACAAGCGACGCGGGCAAGAGGCCUGGCUUGCCUUGAUGAACAUCGUGGAGACCAAGGAGCAGCGCAAGAGACUGCUGAAGCUCGUGUCCACCAUCAUCGCGCCCUGGUUCACCAAGCCAGAGCUUCUAGCCGAUUUCCUCACCAACUCCUAUGAUGCUGGAGGCUCCAUGUCUCUGCUGGCGCUGUCCGGUGUCUUUUAUCUCAUCCAAGAACGAAACUUGGAUUACCCGUUGUUCUAUCACAAGCUUUACUCGCUUCUUGACAACGAGAUUCUACACUCGAAACACCGAGCCCCCUUUUUCCGCUUACUCAACACCUUCCUCUCGUCGACCCAUCUACCAGCAGCGCUGGUUGCGAGCUUCAUCAAGCGACUCUGUCGACUCUCGCUCAAUGCGCCUCCAUCAGCCAUCGUCUUUGUCAUUCCCUGGAUCUACAAUCAGAUGCGGGAACACCCGACUUGCACUGCCAUGCUUCACCGGGAAAUCAGGGAUCCAGACGUGAAGAAGGACCUGAAGAAGAAUGGCAUGGACGACCCCUUUGACCCCAACGAGACGGACCCGAUGCAAACAGAUGCAAUCGAGAGCUCGCUUUGGGAGGUCACGCAAUUGCAGUCCCACUACCACCCCAACGUGUCGACGAUUGCGAAGAUUUUGUCGGAGCAAUUCACGAAGCAAAGUUACAACAUUGAGGACUUCCUCGACCAUUCUUAUGCUACUCUCCUCGACGCCGAAUUGAGCAAGGAAUUGAGGAAAGCACCUGCGGUGGAGUUCCACAUCCCCAAACGAGUGUUUCUUCCUCAGGAUGAGCCGGCAGUCAACCCUGAUAGCCUGGUUGCGAAGUUGUGGGACUUUUCAUAGACGCAUAUACCCUAAGCCUACAGGCAGCUUAAACCUACUACUAGGUUCGCACCGUUCUCGCACUUGAUAUAUUCUUGGUCUAAGAGACUGUUCGCUUUCCAUUAUGCAACAGCAAGAUAGGUUAAGUGCAGCUAGGUAGAUCAAUCCAUAGCUGUCCACUUUAGCAGAUUGCUCAUGGACUUAACAGCGCCGGACAACUGUGGUACUGAGUGAAUGCUGUAUAAAAUAGCUCAAGUAUCUCCGUACACAAGGCGGGCGAGGCCUAAAACGGAAAAGGGUCACGCGAGCUUGUUUGUCGGCGGUGUCACUUUCAGCAACUAAUCAGAGAGACGCGAUUA